GAAUGGGUUCUUCAAUCCCUUGAAACUUGAAAGCACCACAUGGCAAUGGCUUUCGACUCUGCACUGUGGAUCGCAAAGAUGACGUGGAUUGCUCUUAGUGGUUGGAUUACUUCCUGUUUAACCGUUGCUGAUGAAUUUGCCACUUCUCUUCGUUCUGGCGAUAUUGGCCCCUUCCAUGUUGGUUGAUCCAAUUCUGCCUCCUUCUUCAAAUAUGCCUCAAAUUCUGCAAUGAAGUUGCAUUCAAUUGACAGUUUAAACUGGAUGAGAUACACUCUUCAUUGCGGUGCUAUCUAUACUUUUUUUUU